AUGAGCCAGACUCACGAUCUCGGAGCACCCGAGAAAGGCGUCCUCCUUCCUCUCUACACCGACAGCAAGAACGCUCUCGAACAGAGCGACACACCACACCCCCUCUACACCGACGAGUGGCUCAACGGCGAGCCAUGGCGGUACCGCGCAAUCCUCGCUAUCAACCUCCUCCUGAUCAUCUGUGGACAGUACGCCUUCCUCUGGUAA